ACCAGCAAAGUAGUCCCACUGACCUGCCAUGGCCACUCUCGCCCUAUCACCCACAUUUCCUUCUCAGCCUUGAGUCCCGCUUCUGCAUCUUCAUCGCAACCCCAAUACUACCUCAUCUCGGCAUGCAAAGACAACAACCCAAUGCUUCGUGAUGGUCUGACUGGCGACUGGAUCGGUACCUUCGUCGGUCACAAGGGUGCCGUCUGGUCUGCUCGAGUAUCCGCAGACGGUUCUCUUGCUGCCACUGGCUCGGCCGACUUCAGCGCAAAGGUCUGGGAUACCUUUACUGGCGAGCAAUUGCACACUCUGCAGCACAACCACAUCGUCCGUGCCGUUGCUUUCCCUGCUCUGCAAGACAGACCUACCAACCUAGCCACCGGUGGCAUGGAGAAGAAGUUGCGUAUCUGGGACCUGACGCGCGCAGGUGCUGCGGCUUCUGGCGAUGAGUGUUACGAAGUCGGUGCUGGCGAGCACGGCCAGACAAUCAAGAGCAUCGUGUGGUCGGCCGCAAACCCUAAUGUGCUGACCACGGCUUGCGACGACAAGAAGUUGCGCUGGUGGGACCUGCGAUCACGCUCAGCCAUUGCGACACAUGAGGUUGAAGGAACUAUUGGUUCUUGCGAACUCAACUCCAGCAUCCUAGACGGCUCUACGAACGGCACUCUUAGUGUCGCAGCUGGAAAGACUGUCUACUUCUUCGACGGCGCACGUCCUGGUGCUUUGCUUGACUCCAAGACCUUGGACCAGGAGAUUGCUAGUGUGGCCGUGUGUGGAAGUCAGCGCCGUUUCGUAACCGGCAGUCCUAGAGACACCUUUGUGCGUGUAUGGGAUCUCGACUCAGGUGCCGAGAUUGUCAGCUACUGUCGCGAGNAAACACGCAAGGGUCACCACGGUCCCGUUUGGACGAGCGCAUUCUCACCGGACGGCAAGCUCUACGCUACUGGCAGCGAAGACGGUACCAUCAAGUUGUGGAAGGCCACGAAUGAGUCUUACGGGUUGUGGAGA